CAAUAGCCUGAUCGGGGCUUUACUCAGCCCCUUUUUCUCACAGGAGAUCCCUCUGCUGAAGACCAGUGUAUACAGGGGUUAGCAACGGCUGCAAGAUCAUCACCAGAUACAAUUAGAACCGAGAUUUCCUCCCUCACGCAUCUGCAGCAUCAAGUUCAUAUCCCCCCAGCUAGAAACCACCGUGUAGCAACCAUGUCUGUAGCGGGGCUGAAGAAGCAAUUCCACAAAGCCACUCAGAAAGUGAGCGAGAAAGUUGGAGGUGCAGAAGGAACGAAGCUCGAUGAGGACUUCACUGAAAUGGAAAAGAAGAUGGACACCACCGCUCGGGCAGUGCUGGACAUCAUGACCAAGACUACUGAGUAUCUGCAGCCGAACCCAGCCACCAGAGCCAAGAUGAGCAUGAUAAACUCCAUGUCACGUAUGCGGGGUCAGGAGAAGGGUCCGGGCUACACGCAGACCGAGGCCAUCCUGGGAGAGUCCAUGCAGAGGUUUGGCAGGGAGCUCGGAGAGGAGUCUAACUUCGGCAACGCUCUGAUUGACGCCGGGGAAGCCAUGCGUGAACUCGGAGAGGUGAAGGACGCUCUGGACAUGGAGGUCAAGCAGAACUUCAUCGAUCCACUGCAGAACCUCCAUGAAAAAGAUCUCAAGGAGAUUCAGCAUCACCUGAAGAAAAUGGAGGGUCGUCGUCUGGACUUUGACUAUAAGAAGAAACGUCAGAGCAAAACGACGGACGACGAGCUCAAACAAGCGCUAGAGAAAUUUGACGACUCCAAGGAGAUCGCCGAGCAGAGCAUGUUCAACCUGCUGGAGAGUGAUAUUGAACAGGUGAGCCAGCUCGCUGCACUGGUACAUGCUCAGGUGGAGUACCACAGCCGGGCUGCGGAGAUCCUCACACAGCUCUCCAGUAAGAUCGACGAACGGAUAAGGGACACUUCUGUCAAACCGAGGAAAGAGUUUGCUCCCAAACCACGUACGUCUCUGGACUUCUCCAUCAGCGAGAACCACAAUGGAGGCAUCCACAGUGCUCGCUCUCCAGGGGCGAGGUCUCCAGCAAGAUCUCCAGCCAGGUCUCCAGCCCCCAUGGACCAGCCCUGCUGUCGUGCACUGUACGAUUUCGACCCGGAGAAUGAAGGUGAGCUAGGCUUCAAGGAAGGCGAUAUCAUCACCCUGACCAAUAAGAUCGAUGACAACUGGUACGAGGGGAUGCUGCACGGCAACUCCGGCUUCUUCCCCAUCAACUAUGUGGAUAUCCUGGUGCCACUGCCCCACUAGAACGUCAGUACGACCAGCUGUGUCUGCAACAGGGGCGAAACAGAUCCUUGCCCACGUCCCCCUCCCUCCCCCUCCUCCUCCCCCAGUAUUCCCAGUAACCCUUUCCUUAACAUUCCUACCAACCACCCGUACUCCACUUAAAGGAGUCGAAACAGCAACAACACAAUAACAAAUGAAGAUUGGCGUCAAAUUAAAGUUUUUAAAGUAAAAACUUUGAGGAAAAAUCUGCGUUUAUGUCGUUGCUUCCCCCCCCCCCCCCCUCCCCCCUUAUCCCAGGAGGUACCUUCAGGCUUCCAUAGUCACUUUCUCCAUUACCGUCCCAGCUUUUGUCUCGGUUUGAGUUGGCUGUCAGUCCGUCAUCAUUUCCGUGAGUUUAUCAGAGCAGCUUUACAACAAUCACACUUUUCUCUCACUGUACUUUGUGGAAACCUCUACAGUAGAUAGAAACUCUUCUCUCACAUACUAGGACAAAAAAUAAACGGUCCACGUGCUUCAUGUUUGUUAGAGACUCUAGGUCGAGCAUGGUUUCAAGUGUUUAACGUUUUAUCUUAUAUAAAAAAAUAAAAAAAUGUUGAGGUCAUUUUGUUUUAGUUUUGAAUUUUUUUUUUUUUUUUUUUUUUUUUUUUACUGUAGUCGUCUCUCGGCGUCCAAAAAUUCUGUCCAAAGGAUGUCCUCACCUUUUUAAACUAUUCAGAGUUUUGACAGAAGUUGUAGACUAGAGUCAUCUAGUUGACAACUAACAACCAAUAUUACUCAUCGUACUUUUAUUUCAUACAUAUCAACAUGUGCACGUGAUUGGUCAUAUGUGAUUUAGAUACCAAAGUUACCUGCAAAAAAAAAGAAAACCAGAGUCAACGCCAAUUUUAGCUUCGACCUUUCCAGACAGCGCGGUGUCGGAGAAUCUGUUUGACGCAACGGGGGGCGAAGCUUUCGCACUCUCUAGUUCUUUGGUAUUUUUAUCAGGAGGGGGGUGAAACUGUAUUCUUAAGUAUGUGACAUUACCUAUCGGAGCCAGUGAUUAGUGGAGUGAUGACAUGAUUUGCAAAAAGACACAAGUUGUGAAGUUUAAACAGUUUGAAGUGAUGUAAGAAAACUAUGGUGCAGAAGUUUCAAUCCUCCAACGUGUAUUUUAUCAGCAGCUUGUGUGAAAAAUGGUCGGUGUAUUGUGAUAUAAUAACUUAUAGGACUUAACUGCUCUUUGGGGCAACUGUUUUUUCUGCAGCUGAAGGUGUAGCUCUUUUUGCUGCAUCCCUACUAGUCCGAUUAGUAUUCUGUAGUUUAGCGGUCUACGAGACAUCGAUUAAGACGGCAAUAGACGUAGCCUGGAGUGCACAAAUGGCUGAACGGAAUGAGAAAUAAUUUCUUUUUGUCUUUGUGGAAAGUUAUAUUAAUUGGAAUGAUGCAACUUACACUAAAAACCCCUGUUCUCCCACAUAACACGGACUAAAAGCCGCCGCUUUGACCCUUUUCAUGUUACGUUAAGACCUAAAGAUUUAGCAAGAUUAUAUACAUUACGUUUUCUCUCACCAGCUAUAUGGUCGUAUUGUGAGGGGUUUUAUUUUCCCUUCUUUAAAUGACGUACUAAUAAUCUAUAACUCAAACAGGACUCAGUUAUUACGGUACAUGUGUUAGUCAGCUGAGCAGUUCUCCCCGGGGAUUCAUGCUCUGCGAUGACGGUGUAUUAACCUUUUCUGCAAACAAAAAUCUGUGCAGCAGUUAACACUAUUUCUUUCACCCAUCUUGUGGUAAUGUUGUGCGUGUACUUUGGGGGUUUGGGGUUUGGGGGUUUGCAUACAGCACAUGUUAUGCACAGGGACGGGGGUUGCAGAGGACCUCUGAUGCAGAGGUAUUUAAAGAUGUACUGUCUCUGACGGUGUUCCACAUUAAAACAAACACGGAUGUCUCUUUAAUCAAAGGACUCACUCAUUAUAUUGCGUAGAAUUACAAUAAAGGAUCAACUGAUACCCAUAUUAAGUGUUUGUUUUUAAGGGAAGCACAACUUUAGCAGACGGUGUACGUUGUUGGCUGGGUAAGAAUAAUGAGACGGUUCAAAGGUCAUGUAUUUAUUUAUUUUUUAAAAGGCGAAACAAUUCCUCCCUUCUUUUUUCUCUCUCACUUUUUUUUAACAAUCGUGUGUAUCUUUGCCCUCAAUGAGGACUGUACAGCUUUUCUGUGUUUUUGUUUUCACCUUGUGUGUAUAGUCGCGCAUCUACAGUAACGUAUCUUAUUUUUGUAACUGUGACAAAAGUAUACACAUACAGUAUAGAUGUAUAUAUACAGUAUAUUAUCCAAAAGCAAUGUGAAAGGAGGGAUUCUCUGUGCUGCACAUGAUUGUCUUUGGAUUGUUUUUUUGUUUGUUUUCUGUUUUAUUUUAUUCUUGCACUGGAUUCUAAGACUGUAUGCUUGAUGUAAAGAAAACAAUGUGAUAAGUCAAUGUAAUUUAUUCAAAUAAAUACAAAGAAAUGGUUA